AUGGUGGGGCUACACUCUGCCAUGCAGUUGACUUUCCAGGCCCAGGCCCGGCCUGCCGUGGCGGCCUAUCACCAUGCUGACCGUGGGUGUAAAACUCUCGAUCGAACCGGUUUUGAUCAAUUAGUUCAAGCCAUAUUGAAUCUCCAGCACGGGCACACGGUGGUAGGUGUGGCAUUUUCCAUGGACACGCCCGGUUAUUUGAACAUAUAUCCAUGCAUCAUAGCAUUACUCCUCCAAAAGCGAAAUCAUGUCAAUUUAGACCCACAAAACCAAAGUUGGCUCGGGAUACAAACCGCUUUGGCUGAGCUUCAAGUCAGUAUGAUCAUUUGCGACCAAACUUUUCUGCUCGAUAACCCCCUUGAAAUUAUCUCUCAAAUGAAACUGAGUAUUGAUGUGUGGCUGCUUAGCAUCAAAGUCGAGGUUACGCACAACCUCGAGGCAGCCCUCAGAAUCCCCGAAAUCGCUUAUGUGGCCCAAACAUCUGGAACUACGGGAAAGAGAAAGUCUGUUUUCGUUUCUUGGAACAGUAUAUCGCCCAAUGUAAAUGAUUAUCUGAGCUUAUUCCAAGUUUCGUCUGUUCUCAGUGUCUCUCCUCCCACGUUUGACCCUUUCUACCUUGAAAUCUUGUUAGCUUUCUUGAAAUGCGUACCCAUUCAUUUCAUGAACACGGCUCUAAAACUGAAAUCAUUCCAAUUUUCCCGAAUCGUAACUGAGAACCAAUUAUCUUGGGCACAAAUGACGCCUUCCUUGUUUCAUUUGGUCCGAGAUGGGCCUUGUUUUCGAGGUGAAACGACAUUAAAAUUUGUGAUCUUAGGCGGAGAGAAAUGUCCGUCAGUGUUUCCUCAAUCAUCAAUAGAGUACUUCAAUGCUUAUGGUGUGACCGAAAUGUCUUGUUGGCAAUCUUUGGUUAGAAUCGACACUAAUCAGACUGGUCGGAUUUGGUCAGAAAAGCUCAAUCUAUUAUCCGAAACGAGUUUAACAUUGAACAAGCACAACGAAAUUGUAGUGUCCAGUGGUUCCAGAAUGUGUCAUGUCUUCCCCGAAAGUGGCACAGAAUUGAGUCAUUCCCUAUUCGUGGUAUAUACUGGCGAUCGAGGUCUUUGGGGUAAAGAUAAGUCGAUCCAAUUCGAGGCAAGAUCCAAAGAUUUCAUCAAGAUUCAAGGAAAACGAAUUGCUCUGUUGGAGAUAGAACGUGAGUUAGAAGCAGUGCUAGAUAUUGAUGUGAAAUGUGUUCAAGACGACCACGACCAACAGCGAGUUGUUGGAUUUCAUACCAGUGACCUGGAUAUCAGUUUACUGAAACAACUACCGACUUUUAUGGUUCCCGAUGCGUUUCGACAAGUUACGGAAUUUCCUGUAACCCUCCAUGGAAAAUUGGAUAAGAGAAGGCUUCUCGAUAUGUUUCGUAAGAGACGAUGCUCACCUGCAGUUGAUCUCAAACUCCUGUGGAAAAAGUACACUGGAAUUGUCCCUGAAAAAGAUUCGAAUUUCGUUCUCAACGGAGGUGACUCAAUUUAAGCUGUUCAGCUUCUUGGUGAGAUCGAAGAUUCGCUUGAUAUUCCCGAAGUUCAAACCUGUCUGGAAUUACUUUUGAACGGACAAUAUGCAGCAUUCCAACAAAAGUUGGAGAACCUACUCGGUUCCAUCCAGCCAAAGAAGCUUCUCAAACACUUCUCGACCGACAUUGUCACCAACACCGAAUCUCCGGAUAAGAUCUUUCCUUGUCUUGGGCGUGGAUUUUGUCACUGCUCAUCGAAUAAUAUUUUAAGGGUGAAUGGACAAAAACGUUCCAUCUGGACUGUAGAUCUUAAGAAAUGCAUUGAUGCUACGCCUCUGAUCGUCGAGUUUCUAUCAUCAAGCUUGCUCUUCAUCGGGUCCCAUUCGGGAUUACUGAGCGCCAUUGACUUCGACACUGGAGAAGUCCGAUGGAUGCGUGAUCUUGAAGAUCGCAUCGAAAGCUGCGCAGUCCUUUCCAUCGAUGGACAUUUCAUAUUUGUCGGUUGUUAUGACGGUUGCAUGUAUGCUAUGAACUCGCAUACCGGUGAGUUGGGUUGGACUUUCAAAACCAAUGGCUUGAUCAAGACCACGGUGUCAGUUGGCGGUAAUGGCAUCUAUUUCGGAUCCUAUGACCAUCAUUUGUACUGCCUAGAUUCAACAACAGGAGUAGAGCGAUGGAAGCAUAAUAUCUGCGGAUCGAGUAUCCUCGCUCGAUCAGUUGUAACGGACAACGCGAUUAUCUGUGCCACUUUAAGUGGUCACCUAUCACGACGCGAUCUUGCCAAAGGAACGGAGAUCUGGACCGUCCGACUAAACGGUCCAAUUUUCUCCAAUCCAGUUCAACAAGAUGGAUUCCUAUUCUGCGCCACCGCCAAAGGUCGCAUAUACAAGGUGAACGGGGUAUCGGGAGAUCAUGUGUGGAUAUUCGAGGCCAAAGCCGCCAUUUUCUCGUCCUUGAUUUUACAAGAUAAGAAUCUCGUGUUUGGAACACACGGCCGAGGAGUCAUAAGUGUGGACUCGGAUUCCGGUCAGGAAUUGUGGCGUGUUCAGCAUCGCGAUCAUGUGUUUGCCACUCCCUGCUUGACCCAAGAUGGUCAAGUGUUGAGUUUGGGGGUGGACGGACAAUUCAUAGUGAGCCAAAAGGGUGAAGUGUGUCAUGAGGUGGAUAUAGGGGAGGAUCGAUCUGGAGGAUUCUUCUCGUCACCUUUGGCCUACAAAGGCGUCCUCAUCGUUUGUUCACGAGAUAAUCGAGUCCAUUGUUUGAGUAUCUAAGUGCUUUGAAGAAGAUAACUGACCGGCAUGUCAUUCAAAUAGUUAUAGUAAACGUCCACAAUGUCUUAUAUGCAUAUUGAACAAGACGGUUUGCCUUGGCCCAUCAAUACAAUCUGACUUUUUUUUG